GGCUACGAGGGCAGCGGCAACGGCUUCCUGGUCCGGGCGCUGCCGAGGCUCCGACGGCUGCGUCCGGCCUUGCAGGUCUACGAGCUGAAGACCUCGUGGCGUUGGACCGAGGGAUGUCCUUUGGAGGCCCUGUCUCGCUCAGCGCUGCUGUUGGAUGCGAAACCUGUCGAAUUGAACUGCGAAAGGGAAGAAAUUGUCAGAGGUGCGCAAGUGGAAAGGGUGGACCGUGAAGGAGUUCAAGAGCACACCUUCAAAGAGAUCUAUGGUUUGUUGCGCGUGGGGCACUACAAGACGAAACCUUCUGACCUCGAAACAUUUUUAGAUGCUGCAGGUAUCAUUUGGCUGGGCAUGAAGUAUCAACAAACAUAUAUUGGGAUCACCAUUUCGGGCAUUGAAGAGCCGGUGGAAGACCUUCGGAAGGCGCAAGAGCUGUGGCUGGGUCGCUGUCAAGUGCCUCAGAACCUCACGGCGCAAACCCUUUCGCGCGACGCGGGGCUGUUGGACGCGUCGCGGCUCCGCUACGUGCGCAUGAUGCGCUGGUGUUUGCACCCGGAUCUGCGUGGCUCGGGGCUGGGCGAGCGCUUGUUGAGAGAAAGCUUGAGGCAUUUGAAGACGGAGGCAGUGGAUGCGGUGGCCGCGCAUUUCGGUGCCACGGCAUGGCUGAUCAAGUUGUGGCGCCGACAGGGUGCCGAAGUGGUCUUUGUGAGUCAUGGCUGUGAUCCGAGCAGUGGACAGCACAGCGUGAGUGUUUUAAUUCCCCUCAGUGCGAGGGCACAGCGACUGACCAAGCUCUUGCAGCAGAAACUGGUGGGUGAACUGCUGGAACUGCUGUCUGGACCUUUGGCAGAUUUGGAGGGUGAUGCCUUGAAAGAGCUUCUUGUAUCUCUUCCAAUCGGACCAGACAGCGAAGACAGCAUCUCGGCCUCCGACGUGUGGGGCUUCGCUUGGGGUGCACGAGGCCUCACACACUGCAGGCAUGCCCUACGUCGAAUGAUUUGCAGGGUCUUGAGAUGCGGGCGCACGAACUGGCUUCCAAAGCGGGAUGAGCAGAUCCUCUUGUCCCUUUUGCAUGGCAAGCCGGUUCUAAGUGAAGACAAACUGCGGGCCGUCGUGCGAAAGCUACUGAGCACCAGUAUGCCCGAAGGCCAGGAAGGAUAGAUCAGGUAUGAUCAGGUAUGCUUGCGUCUUGAGCCCGAUUUUCAAGCUUUUGGGUGCCAUUGACCCUGCGUGCCCGCAAAAAGAAGGUGCGAACAGAACUUUGAUGUUCGACUAUCUGGGAGGACUUCCAACCUUCUGGAGUCUGUGACAAUAGCAGCGGCCAAGUCAGUUCUGUGUGACCUUCAACAUCCUUCA